UGCAACACUUCUACUCUUUUUCGUUCUUGAUUCCCCUAAUCAUUUAUUCUAUUCUUCUUCUUCUCUUUGAUCUAAAACCGAGUUAUGGGUCUCAAAAAUCCAUAACCCAUCAUCAAAAUCUUACGUCUUCAUGUUAAACCUUUAGUUGUUGGGUGUUUGAGAUUUUGAUGUCUCAAAUUCUGAGUGAAACCUUUCUUUCAGGGUUUAUGAUUCUUGUUCAAUCCCUCUCAGUGGUUUUCCUCUACUGGUUAUAUUAUCAUUACUAACACUACUAUCUCUAAUUUCAGUCCUUACGUUAACACUUCGCUUGAUAUCAGUCUCGAGUUCCAGCUAUGGGUUCUUUGAGUGGGACAUCUUCGGGGGCAUCAACGGUGACACAAGUGUCAGAGGAGUUGCAGGCAUUAUUGAUGGAAGAAAGGAAGAGGAAAAGGAAGGCAUCGAACAGAGAAUCAGCGAGGAGGUCGAGGAUGAGGAAGAAGAAGCAUUUGGAUGAUCUGACGGCUGAGUUAACUCAGUUGAGGGAAGAUAAUCAUCAGAUUAUACUGAGUUUAAACAUAACGUCGCAGAGUUACUUGCAUGUUGAGGCUGAAAACUCAGUGCUUAGAGCUCAAACCAAUGAACUUAGCUGCAGAUUACAGUCUUUGGAAGAUAUCAUCACUUUUCUUCAAUGGAAGCAAUGGUGAACAUAACAUGUUUCAUCAUUAAGAAUCGUUUAAGAAAUUUCAUCAAAAUUAAUAAUAAUAAUUCGUCUAAGAACGGUCAAAUUCUAUAAA